GAACAUCAUCGGAGUAGAGGCAAUAUGGCCGCAAUGGAUUCUAAGAACGCACAGAAGACAUGGGAGUUUAGCAAUAAUAUAGAAAAUGUCAACUCACAUGACGAAAUAUACAGAUAUGACAAGCAACAACAGCAGGACAUUUUAACGGCGAAACCAUGGGAAAAGGAUCCUCACUACUUCAAGCAUAUAAAGAUCUCAGCUCUUGCCCUUCUGAAGAUGGUAAUGCAUGCGAGGUCAGGGGGCAACCUGGAGGUCAUGGGUCUGCUGCUAGGCAAGGUUGAUGGAAACACCAUGAUUGUAAUGGAUAGCUUUGCUCUACCAGUGGAGGGAACAGAGACUAGAGUCAACGCCCAAGCUCAAGCUUACGAAUACAUGGCUGCCUACACAGAGUCGGCUAAAACGGUUGGAAGGCUGGAGAAUGCCAUUGGUUGGUACCACAGUCACCCUGGUUACGGGUGCUGGUUGUCGGGGAUAGACGUCAGUACACAGAUGUUGAAUCAGCAGUUCCAGGAACCAUUUGUUGCCAUUGUUGUGGAUCCUGUGAGAACAAUAUCAGCUGGCAAAGUCAAUAUAGGAGCUUUCAGGACCUACCCAAAGGGAUAUAAGCCUCCAGAGGAAAAUCCCUCAGAGUAUCAGUCCAUUCCACUCAACAAGAUAGAAGACUUUGGUGUUCAUUGUAAACAGUACUAUGCUCUAGAGAUUUCCUACUUCAAGUCUUCCCUGGAUAGGAAACUCCUGGAAUCUCUAUGGAACAAGUACUGGGUGAACACGUUAAGCUCUUCCAGUCUACUCACUAAUGCAGACUACACAACUGGUCAGAUAUUUGACCUGGCGGACAAGCUAGAGCAGUCCGAGGUUCAGCUGGGCCGUGGAGGGUUCAUGCUUGGCAUGGACUCGCAUGAGAAAAAGUCUGAGGAUAAAUUGAUGAAGGCAACGAAGGAUGGGUGUAAACCGACAAUGGAAUCUAUCCUCGGUCUGAUGUCACAGGUGAUCAAAGACAGACUCUUCAAUAGGGUACACCUGGCUAAGUGAUGGUGUUACUGUCGGGGAGCUACUGGUCACAUGAUUAUGUGAUUGCUUACCAGAGAACACCUGGCCAAGUGAUCAUGUGACUUUACCAGAAAACACCUGACCAAGUGAUCAUAUGACUGCUAACUUGGCUAAGUGAUCAUGUGACUUUACCAGUGAGCACCUGGCCAGGUGGUCAUGUGACUAUUUACUGCUAGGUGAUCAUGUGGCUUUACCAGAGAACACCUGGUCAAGUGUUCUUGUGAAUUUUACUGCAAAACAUCUGCCCUGGUGAUCAUGUGAUUUCUUUUACAGGGACAGUUUACCAAGAUUAUCUGCUUAAGACGUCCUGUGAGAACUGACAAUACUUCUGGAUAAGUUAUAGUUAAGUUGAUGAUGAAGAUGCAGAAAAAAGUGUGAACUGAAUGUAUGUGUGUUGAAAUGGAGGAGAUCAUCCAGACAAGGAAUUGAGGUUUCAAUGUUUCAGUAUGAAAGGAAAUGGACAUGUUAAGUACUAUCUGUAGACUAUUUAUACAUUUUUGCCUGAUGGUAUAUGAACAAUUUAUUCUACUGAAAAUUGUCAACAGCGAUUUUAAAACUUGUUUAUGAUCCAUAAACACCAAUAUGAAAUGUCAAACUGUUUUGUAUUUGUUGUCAUGUAUUAUUAUGAACUGCAACACAAUAAAGCCAUAUUUACAUAAA